UCACUGGGAAAUAUUGAUGACCUGGCACAGCAGUAUGCAGACUACUAUAACACCUGCUUCACAGAUGUGUGUGAGAGGAUGGAAGAGCUGCGCAAACGGAGGGUUUCCCAAGACCUUGAUAUGGAGUCACUUGGUCUCAGCAGCACCGCGUCAACACCCGACACUGAAAGAAAGCUCUCCAUUCAUAAAUCAAGUUCGGAAGAAGGCUCUGUAGGGAAAACAGACUGGAAAAAGAAAAAUAAGUUUUUUUGGCAGAAUUUCCGAAAGAACCAGAAAGGACUAAUGAGGCAGACUUCAAAAGGAGAGGACGUAGGGUACGUGGCCAGUGAGAUCACAAUGAGUGAUGAGGAGCGGAUCCAGCUGAUGAUGAUGGUCAAAGAGAAGAUGAUCACCAUUGAGGAAGCACUUGCUAGGCUGAAAGAGUAUGAAGCCCAGCACAGGCAAUCAAGCAGUGGAGAUGCUACAGAAUGGCCUGAUGGUUCUUACUCAACAUUUGAUGGGUCUUCCAAUUGUAAUUCAAGAGAACAAUCCGAUGAUGAAACAGAGGAGUCGGUGAAGUUUAAGAGGUUGCACAAGCUGGUGAAUUCUACUCGCAGAGUCAGGAAGAAACUCAUAAGAGUGGAAGAAAUGAAAAAACCCAGCACAGAAGGUGUGGAAGAGCACUCACUUGACAGCUCUCCUAUACUGGAUGACAGAUCGGCACUUUACUCUGGAGUUCACAAGAAGCAAUUCUACUUUGACGGCUCCUGCGAAAAGCAGCCAGAGGACAACUUGGACUCACUUACUACUUCUCCCUCAUCCAGCAGUCUUGAUACGUGGGGAGCUAACCGGAAGCUGGUGAAGACCUUCAGCAAAACUGAUAGCCGUGGCCUUAUCAAGCCUCCCAAGAAACUCGGGACAUUUUUCUCUUACCCAGAAGAGGAGAAGACCCAGAAAGUUUGCCGCUCCUUGACAGAUGGGGAAAUGAAGAAGAGCCUCGGCUCGCUGAGCCACGGGGUAAUGCUGAUUUUCUGUUUUAUCUGGGAUGAUUAUGACAAACUGCAUCUGUGCAUUCAGCCAAAACUGCGUCACUCCAAUGGUGAUUGUGGCACUGUAAACAUAGUGUACUUUUUCCCAGAAGUAGCAGAGCUGCCACAUAUCGCCACAGGUGUGGUGAGAACCUGUAGCUUUGGAGGAUUUGACUUGACAAAUCGUUCUCUUCAUAUUGGAAACAGUUCUGACCAAAUGGGCAAAGAAGGAGACUUUGUUUAUAAAGAAGUGAUCAAAUCACCGUCUGCCUCCCGUAUAUCUCUGGGCAAAAAGGUGAAGUCUGUAAAAGAAACCAUGAAGAAAAGGAUGUCUAAAAAAUAUAGCAGCUCUCUGUCUGAGCAGGAGUCCAGCCCUGGGGUCAUGCCAGGUUCUCCGCAGUCGCCGCCGCCAGACACUGACUCCCUGGAUAAACCCAAGCUGAAAGCCGGUGGCUCAGUAGAGAGCCUGAGGAGUUCCUUAAGCGGUCAGAGCUCAAUGAGUGGUCAGACAGUGAGCACAACAGAUUCCUCAACCAGCAACAGAGAGAGUGUGAAAUCAGAAGAUGGUGAUGAUGAAGAGCCUCCUUACAGAGGACCUUUUUGUGGAAGAGCUAGGGUUCACACUGAUUUUACUCCAAGUCCUUAUGAUACAGACUCUCUGAAGCUCAAGAAAGGUGACAUCAUUGAUAUAAUCAGCAAACCCCCCAUGGGCACUUGGAUGGGCCUGUUGAACAACAAAGUUGGCACUUUCAAAUUUAUCUAUGUGGACGUGUUAAAUGAAGAGGAAGAGAAGCCGAAGCGGCCCACCAGGAGACGCCGGAAAAGCAGACCACCGCAGCCCAAGUCAGUUGAGGAUCUCUUGGAUCGCAUCAACUUAAAGGAGCAUAUGCCCACUUUUCUGUUCAAUGGUUAUGAAGAUCUGGAUACCUUUAAGCUUUUGGAAGAAGAAGAUUUGGAUGAACUGAACAUCCGAGAUCCUGAACACAGAGCUGUUCUCCUCACAGCAGUGGAACUUCUACAGGAGUAUGAUAGUAACAGCGACCAGUCAGGAUCUCAGGAGAAACUUCUCAUUGAAGGCCAAGGCCUAACCGGAUGCUCUCCUCGGGAUUCUGGUUGCUACGAAAGCAGUGAAAACCUGGAGAAUGGUAAAACUCGAAGGACCUGUCUUCUGCCCUCAAAAUCAGCAAGUGAGCAUAGCUUUAAGGACUUCAGCAGAAACCAGCUAUCAAAUUAUCCUACGCUUCCACUGACCAAGUCAAUAGAAACUCUACAGCAAGGACAAAAAGAAAGCCGGUUGAGUUGUGCGCAUCGUGCUCUGAAGAGCUCUGUCAAACCUCCAGCUGUUACAGGUCUGAAGAAGAACCGUAGAAGUUUACCAGUUGCCGUCUGUCGGAGCUAUGAAGCUCUGGAUGGCCCCCAGAGUGUAGAUACGUGGCCAAGAUCUCACUCGCUGGAUGAUCUCCAGGGAGAAUCCAAUACUAACCUACAGGACGCCAGCAAGGAAGUAGGUUCUUUUCCUCAGGAUUCACUGGAUAUAGCAGAAAUGGCAACUGGCUCUGCACUGCCACCUCAGUCUCAUGGAGGCAGCUGUAUGGUAGAUGACUUGAUGGCUAAGCAGGGUAAAGGAGCUGCUAGUUCUCAGAAGGGAAGAGCUAAGGAAUUGGACUGCUCUGUAAUGGAGACUGCAGGUGGAAAGCCUGCUCCGUUCCCCCUGAAAAACUGUGAAACUCAGCCUGCCUUAGUGAUGCAUCUUGCAACAAGGAUGCCUCUGGAAAUACAAAGUAAAGGCUUUCAUGACCUUGCACGGGCUGAUUAUGCUCCAGUCCUCAAGGGAGGUCUAGAAACUGAACAAAAAGGCACAAAUGAGGCAAGAAUGCAACCAAAAAAUCCUUCUCAGCCGCCACCUGUCCCUGCCAAAAAAUGCCGAGAACGCCUUUCUAAUGGAUUAUAUCACCCUUCCGUGACCGCAAGUGGGAACCACUCAAGUCUAGAAGCACCGUGUUUGCCAGUAAAAAAGACCAGCUCAUCCACUCCUAUUGAUUGUCACGGAGUACCUGUCCAUAGGACAUCUUCUGAACAGGAGCCCAGUACCCCUCCUAGCCCACUGCCACCCUGGCUGUCAGAGCUCCCAGAGACUGCUAGUGUUCAGCAGCAUGUGAUAAAGCUGGGUCCUGCUUCAGCGAGGAAAGUCUCUUGUAGCAGGGGAAUGGAUCUGGAAAUGGUAAUAGAAAACAAGUUGCAGUCUGAAGACAUUGAUCUUACUGAAGAACCAUACUCUGACAAACAUGGUCGCUGUGGGAUUCCUGAGGCUUUGGUACAGAGGUACUCUGAAGACUUAGACCAGCCUGAAAAGGAUGUUGCCACAAACAUGGACCAAAUCCGAGUAAAGCAACUGAGGAAGCAGCAUCGUAUGGCAAUUCCAAGUGGAGGACUCACUGAAAUUUGCCGAAAACCUGUAUCUCCAGGACUUAUCACCUCUGUAUCUGACUGGCUGAUUUCCAUUGGUCUACCUAUGUAUUCCAGCCUGCUCACAGAAGCAGGAUUCAACACACUGAGCAAAGUGCCUUCUCUGUCACAAACUUGCCUUCAAGAAGCUGGCAUCACAGAGGAAAGGCACAUAAGCAAGCUCCUGGCAGCGGCAAGACUCUUCAAACCUCUUGAUCCAGAGGCAAUUUAA